CUAAAAAACAACCAAGAGUUGGAGAGAUGUAGAUCAGAAUACAGAGAUUGCAGUAACCUAUGACUCAUGAAAAAAUACAACCAAAACUGGUCACACCCAAAACCUCAUUCCAUUUUUGCAGACUGUAGUCCCCCCCCAUGAGAUGUCAGUAGCAAUGGCACCUAAAUUUUCUUCAAUGUCUGGACCUUGCAGACUUUGCUUUAAGGCUGCCAAGUGGUUGCCUGUUUUAUUUAUUGUAACGGCUGUGGUAUGGUCUUACUAUGCCUAUGUCAUCCAGCUGAAUUUAUUCUCCAUUGAGAGCAUCAUUGAAAAAAGCUUUUAUUUAUUUGUUUACCACAUCCUGCUGUUCCUCUUCCUGUGGGCAUAUUGGCAGACAAUUUUCACAGAAAUCGGCAGAGUACCGAAACAGUUCCGACUACCGCCUGCCGAACUAGAGAGGUAUGAGGCUGCAGAAAGUGAUGAAGUUAGACGUGACAUAUUGGAGAGAUUUACUGAAAAGAACAAUCUCCCUGUGUACAAUCGCACUAUGACAGGAGAUAUACGGUAUUGUGAGAAAUGUGUCCAGAUCAAACCAGACAGAAGUCACCACUGUUCAGUGUGUGGGGAAUGCGUGCUGAAGCUAGACCAUCAUUGCCCUUGGGUCAAUAAUUGUGUUGCCUUCACAAACUACAAAUUCUUCGUCUUAUUUUUGGGCUAUGCUCUUAUUUAUUGCCUCUUCAUUGCUGCAACCACUUUGCAAUAUUUCAUCAAAUCUUGGAAGAAUCAGCUGGGAGGAGUGUCAGGAUCGUUCCACAUAUUGUUUGUCUUUUUUGUGUCCAUCAUGUUUGCAAUCAGUCUGGUAUCCUUGUUUGGAUACCACAUCUUCCUUGUUUCCAAGAACAGGUCCACUCUGGAGUCUUUCCGUGCACCAAUCUUCCGCCUGAGUCACACAUGGGUGCAAGACAAAGAUGGUUUUAGCUUGGGUGCAUACAACAACUUUCUGGAAGUGUUUGGCGACAACAAGAAGUUGUGGUUCCUGCCGGUAGCCACCAGUCUAGGCGAUGGUGUAAGUUACCCGGUGCGCGGCCAACAGCCCCCUUCUACUACUACUGCCACCACUACCCCAGUGCAAUCCUAUGGCAGCACACAGACCAGGGAACAUACUUGUGAUGAGAAUGCAUGCGCCACUAAUGAUCAUCCAGACACCCUAUAGCCAAGAAAUAUACAGUAUUCAUAUAUGUUUGAGAAGGCUUCUUCAAUUGCAGUUUGCAGCCAUUUAUGCCAAAAGUAAUGUUCAAAAUGGAAAAAAAAA